CUGAUAGACGGCACUGACUGGCAUCACUGCUGGGCACUGACUGGAGGCACUGACUGGCACAACCCCUGGGCACUGACUGGGGGCACUGACUGGCAGCACUGGUGGGUGGCACUGGUGGGUGGCACUGGUGGGCAGCACUGGUGGGUGGGCACAGGUGGGUGGCACUGGUGGGCACAGGUGGGCGGAACUUGCGGGUGGUACUGCUGGGCACCGAUCAUCAGGGCACUGAUCAUCAGUGCCCUGAUGAUCGGUGCCGAUCCCCGCUCUGACAACUGCCGGUUCUCGGCAGUACUUUCCUCACGAUCUGACAGCAUGAGGAAAGUGCAGCCGAGAACCGGCACUUGC